AUGCCAACAUUAGAAGUGGUGCAAAAUGUCGUGGAUGCCUCACUAAGUGACGAUGACAAUACCGUCGACUUGAACUCUGAAGAGGUGGUGGAUCCAGCAUCCUCAUCUUGUACGCCAACAAAGGUACUGGAAGAUACCAAUGCUGUGGACAAAUUGCCUGAAUCUUCCAAUCUGGUCGAUACAAACAAUAACGAAACCCAAGGAAACAAUGAAACUCCAAAGCAAGUCACUCCUACUGAUGCUUCGUCUGAGGAUGGCAGCAAACAUAGCGCCAGCAAGCAAAAGCAGCAGAAAAAGGUCAAUCAAAUGACUCUUGGAAACUUUUUCUUUGGCGUUACGAAAUCGCCAACCAAACCAAAGUCUCCAAUAGUGACUUCUGCCAAAUCCAAGUCCAAAUCGGCAUCGACGGCCACCAAGGAACCAGCACCGAAAAAGGCGCAAGAAGCAGAAGGGACCAUGGAAGGCCCGAUUGAACUCAAUUCCUCCGAUGAUUCAUCGGUUUCCACGAAAGAAACGUUAAGUCCAAAGAAAGAAACGAAAGAAACCAGCAAUGACGCUGCCAAGAAAACAACUACUGAAACCAUUAGCGAGGAGUCAACGACUAGAGACGUCGCGGAAAAUGCCUCCAAACAGCCCGAGUCUUCUGCUGCCGAGCCAGAGUCGUCUACUGCAGAAAACAAAAUGAUAGAAGAAACUGAACAAGAUCCUACCAAGGAGGAGAAUGAUGUGGAAGUGAUCGAAGAGGAGGAGUCAUCAAAGAAGGAAGCCAAAGUGUCUCCCAAACGAAAGCGACGAAAGUCCACCAAGGCGGCGGCACAGUCGAAGGCAGUGGAAGCACCGCCACCCCCCGAGGAGCAGCCUCCCAUUGAAUUGUCCGAGGAGCGUCAAGAGGCCUUGCAAAAGUACAAGGAUAUGAAAUCGCGCUUUGAAACCAAGGCAGAUGAAUUGUUCCAGGAAGUCUACAAUGGAUUGCCCGAGGAGCAGUUUGAAAUGCCCGACCCCGAAACCAAGGCGGUAGAAGACAGUAUUGCCAGUGAUGAAUUCCCGGAUUUUGUAGUAGCCAACAUGAUUUUGUUGAUUGAGGGAAGCACUCUUCCAAUUUCCAAAUUGACCGAACAGGUUUCCAGGAUGCUAUCUACGUGCCACUCCAAGGAUUGGGAUUCGGAAGAGGUUGCGACCAAAAUCAAGUUGCUGUCACAGCGAAAGCCGUACAUGGAGAAAAGCACCAAAGACAAAUCAACUAUGGACGUAUUUGAAGAUGACUCCAACACUCGCAUCUGGCGAUGGGAAAUUUUGAUUGUGGAUAUCUUUCCCAGUGAAGUCCUUUCCGAUGUCAAGAAGGCACGAUCUGCUCGCAAAAAGAUUGCUUCACAUUGGGCGGCAACUUCGAGGUUGAUCCAAGCUCUGUCCAAUGUCGAAAUGGCCAUAUCCUAUCCCGGCAAGUCGCCCAAGUACGACAAGGAAGUAGCCAAGGUCAGUCAAUGCGAAGAAAAGGUCCUCAAAUUCGAACGGGAGGCCGAAAAGAAGCGCAUGGCAGAGCAAGCCAAGAGGCGAAAGCAAGAAGAGCAAGAAAUGAAAAAGCGGGAAAAAGAGCUUCAAAAGGAACGCAAACUGCAGGAGGCAGAAAAGAAGAAACAAGAGGCCGAAGUCAAGAAACUAGAAGCGGUCAAGGCACGAGACGAAGCCAAACGCAAACGAGAAGCUGAAAAGGUGGAAAAAGAAGAGGCCAAGAAGGCGGAGGAAGAGAAAAAGGUAAAGAAUCUAACGAAACAAAAGUCUUGUCUCAUGUCGUUCUUUGCUGGACCUCCGAAGAAGAAGAGUCGAAAGUCUUCGGAAGGAAGUUCAGGAGACGAGUCCAGGGCCAAGGCAGCUCCAGCUUCUUCCAAGAGCAACAAUACUGAAUCUGGGGGAUUCAAAGUCGAAGAAUUUCGAUCCAUGAUCAAUGGUGGUUAUGCUUCGUCCAAGCGACAGUCGGUCGCCCCAACCACCAACAAUCGUAAGCGCCCCACCGGCAAGAUUGGCCUCACUGUAUACAUGACGGUGCAAGCAGAGGAAGGUUUCGGAUUUGAUGCGCAGCCAUUUGCCGAGCAACGAAAAGUCACGGUUUCCAACCGCUAUCGCUUUCUAAGCUUUCAUGAGGACUGCCGUCCUGCUUAUCAUGGGACUUGGACCAAGAGUAGCAAUAUUGUGACUGGGCGAACACCGUUUGGCAAGGAUACCAAGUACUUGGACUAUGAUUACGAUAGUGAAGGCGAAUGGGAAGAGGGUGAUGAUGAGAUUGGAGAGGAUAUCGAAGACGAAGAAAAGUCCAAGGGUGAAGAGGACGAUGACGAGGGUGAUGCUCGUAUUUACGAUUACGAAGAUGGCUUCUGUAUUUCCGAUGACCGAUAUUUGGAUUCUGAGGACGAGGUGGACGAUGAAACCAGAGCGUUGCAUAAGAAGAAGCUUCAAAAGGGAGAAAAUGAAGCAGCUCUUGGACAUUCAGUUUGCAUUGUUGCUCCAGCCAUUGGAGGUCUACCUGCAGUUGACGUUGACAAUAGCAAGGUAGUGGUGGAAGGAUACGAGGUAGAAGAGGGAGUGAAUCAGCUGUCUAUACACAAGGGAAUUGAGCUGUGUUCUCCAAACCUUUGUCUGGAUGCCUUUCCACCACCACUGGUGGACGAAAAUCAAGUCGAAAAAAGUGCUCCUGCGAAGUCAAGUGCGGAUUCCAAUGCACAAAAGGACGAAUACACUAUGGAUGAGAUGCGCAUACUGGCGACCUAUGUCCACCAUUGUGAAUUAAACUCGAAGGAGAAGAUCAUUGAGGAUCUUCGUACGAACCACCCCGAUGUAUUCACCAAUCGUGCUAAGGCAAUGCGUAAACUCGACAAUAUUGCCGUCAAGCAACGUUUCAACCACUCCACCGGGGUUUAUUGGGAGGUGAAGCGUUCCGUUUUGCAGGAACUCGACUUGAAAAAGGUGUUGAGCAAGAAGAUCAAAGACGAGCCUCCCAAGAAGCCAGAAAAGGCAUCCAAGGGCAAGAGCACCUCACCCAAGAAGGAAACCAAAUCUACCUCCAAGAAGCGCACAUCAUCCGGUGAAGCAGCGAAUCCAAAGAAUUCGAAACAGAAGAAGACGGCAAAGGACACCGAAAAGUCUCCAAAGACUCCACCAAAAGAGAAGGCAUCACCUCCCAAAGAAGACGCUUCCACCAAGGCCUCUGCAAACGUUUUGUCUGCCUUUCUGAUCAAGAAAAAACCAAAAUCCGCAUAA